UGAACAGUCCAGCCUCAUAGCAAGGUCUCAAGAUCUACAAGCUCAACUGGCCGAUUGAGGGGUAUGGCAGACUCGACUGCCGCUAGAAUGCCUCAGGGCAUACGACCUCUCCCGUCAACAAGAAAGACCUCAAAUUCCGUCUUACAAACCUUAUCAAGAUCAUCCCUUGCCCUGUUGUUGCUGGCUUACAUCUUCCUCGUCCAUCUCACGGCGUUAUACCACUUUGCUCGUGGUUUCCUCUUGACCCGCGUCACAUCUCUUCAACGAAGUCCGUCCCACGAUGCCGAUGGGGUUCUUCCACCCUUGCCGGCUACCCACGACAAGGCUAUCAUUGUCAUCAUCGACGCUCUGAGAUCGGACUUUAUCCAUGCAGUACCUGCGAACUCGGAAGUCUAUGAUGAACACUAUCACAAUCAGCUGAGCCUACCGGCAGAACUCAGCUCGACGGAUCCUAUGCAUUCGAUGCUCUUCGAGUUAUACUCCGAUCCUCCUACCACGACUAUGCAACGGUUAAAGGGGUUGACGACGGGGAGUCUUCCUACUUUCAUCGACGCCGGAUCAAAUUUCGCCAGCACCGAGAUCUUGGAGGACAACUUGAUCUCGCAAUGGAAAGCCUCGGGUAAACAAGUCGGCGUUCUAGGGGACGAUACUUGGCUCGGAUUGUACCCGCUCUCACCAGAAGCCGAAAGCAACCAGUCGGUAACGGAAAAGUACUGGAAACGCGAACUCGUACACGGAUUUGAUAGUUUCAACGUCGAAGACCUGCAUACCGUGGACGAAGGGGUGAUAGCCAACUUUUUCCCCAUCCUCGCCAAUGAGAACAAGACUACCGCCAACGAGUGGGAUGUGCUUAUACUGCAUUUCCUCGGUGUUGACCACGUCGGACACCGAGUUGGACCCUCGUCCAGCGUCAUGUCCCGCAAAUUGCAGCAGAUGAACGAGUUUCUGAAGGACACCGUCGAGCGGAUGGAUGAUGAUACUCUGCUUGUCGUGCUCGGUGAUCAUGGGAUGGAUUCGAAGGGCGAUCACGGGGGUGAUGGAAAUGCCGAGACCAGCGCCGGAGGAUGGUUUUACUCGAAGAGCAAGCCUCUUCGGACGACCGUCAUUGAGGAUGUCGAAGAUGCCGAUCAGAAAUACGGAUACCUCAUGAACGACGAGCGAUUCCCCCGGACAAGAAAAGCCAAUCAGAUCGACCUCGUCCCUACUUUAAGUCUACUAUUAGGCACCCCUAUCCCGUAUAACAACCUCGGAAGCGUCAUCCCCGACUUUUUCCUUGCCGACGCUUCUCUCGAAGCCCUGUACUCGGCUGCUCACGCGAACGCCGACCAGAUAGCCAUCUACCUCGAAAGUUACCCCGGCUCCACCCUGAAGGCGUAUCAACACCUCUUAGACGAAGCUUGGGAAAAUGUCAUCACCGCUCGCAUGGACGUGGAAGAGCUCCUCUCGCGCAAACCCGAAGUAGGAUAUGGAGACCAGGACCUUCUGGAUGAUAUGCGGGAGGCGAGGGCGAGGACGAUCGAGGCUGAAAAGGAUUACAUCAAGUUGAGCUUGAAGACACUUCGAGGGCUCUGGGCGCAAUUCUCUAUGCGUUCGAUGGCCCUCGGCUUGGCGCUCUUUGGGAUGAGCAUUCCUGCGCUCUGGUCGCUGUAUGUGGGCAUCAGGAACACCCGAGAAGGCUGGGACGUCUACGUCCGCGAAGUCCUAGUCAUCUCGAUCAAGGUCGGAGGUUUCUUCGGCAGUGUUGUCGGGACAGGAAGAGGUGUAUGGACUCGAGUGCCGAGCGAAGCACUAGGCUGGGCUUGGUCGGCGGGAGUGUUUGGAAGUCUGGCUACCGUGUUAGCGACCGGUCUUCCUGCGAUGGGCAAGACCACAGCCAACUUCCUCUUGCGUCCCAAGUUGAUGCAGAUGGUCGCUUCUGGAUUCUUGUUCCUCUAUUCGAUCGCCUUUGCCGCCAACUCGUUCAUCAUCUGGGAAGACCGCAUGUCCUCCUUCAUGUUGACGUCAAUCUUGCUCUUGCCCGUGAUCAAGGCUUUGACCGCCCCGACGCACCGGCUGCGACUACGGAUCCUAGGGUUCUCUUUCGCCGCGGCGGUCUUGGUUCGGUUGAUCUCGAUCAGCACGGUCUGCCGAGAAGAACAGGGUGGAUCAUGUCAUUUGACUUUUUACGCUGGAGCGACAUCACCCAUGGCGCCCGCCGUCGUUCUCGCUGCGAUCUUGCCGCUCGGAUGGUACCUACCCAAGAUCAUCGGACUGGUCCUGAACGAGUCCAAGUCCAACUCGGGCCCUGCCCCGUUGUUCCUCUUGGGCGUCCAAGUCGAGCUGGCUCUAGCCGCCCUCUAUUGGAUCUUGGAGUACGCGGAGCACUGGGAUGGCAUGAAUCAAGAUAGGUUGCCUCUGGUCAAGAUCUUGAAGGUCUGGAUCGCUCGAGCCGCAUUUGGUUUGAUUUUGGGAGCGAGCGGAGCGGUAUGGACCGGUAUGCCCCUGUGUAUCGAGGUCAAGCGGGAAGAACAAGCCGCCUCUCUCAUCAAGGAAGCCGAAGGUGUCGAUGGACAGGCAAGCAAUACCCCGCAGGUCGUCGUCUAUGGCUUCGCCAACGCUUUCGGUUCCAGCUACUUGCUCUUCAUGAUGCUCGGUUUCGCCGUGCUCUUCCUCGUCAGCCUUCCUACAGGUCAGGUGGUCAUGGCGCUAGGUUUGCUGGCCAUGAUCUGCCACCUCGAGGCCUUGGACGCUAUGCGGGACGCACACGCAAUGUCGGCCGCAUUUAGCGCUAGCGGGUCACCAGAACAAUUCGACGAGGCGACCCUGAUGAGCUCGCAAAACCAGCCACCAAAGUUCAGGGAGACCGCCGGAUUCGCCCUGUUGGGACACGUACUGUUCUUUGCGACGGGCCAUCAAGCCAGUUUCACCAACAUUCAAUGGAAGGCCGCUUUCAUCGGAGUCUAUUCGGUCGUCUACCCGGUUUCACCGUUACUCGUCGCCCUCAACACGUAUGGCGGGUACAUCCUCCUCGCCCUAUCGAUCCCUCUUCUCGCCCUCUGGAACGUCUCACCAACCCCUCGAGGCCGCAAUCCCGUCAUCGCGGAUACUCUGCAAGCGAUGCUUGCAUUCAUCCUGCAAUACACCUCGAUCACGUUUACGAGCGCGUUCUUUGCCGCCUGGCUGAGACGGCACCUGAUGGUGUGGAAAGUGUUUGCACCACGCUUCAUGUUGGCCGGUACGACGCUGCUCGUCAUCGAGCUCACGCUCAUCAUGGCGAUGGGUCUAGGAGUUCGAGGCGUCUCGGCCAAAGUCGCCAAGACUUUCAAGACCGAGUCGAUAUGAGGUGAUUGAGCUGAAGAAGACAACAAAAGCAGAUAGAUGGAGACAUCGCGCAUGGUGUCGAUGUACGAUAACAGAAGCAUUGCAUUCGCAUCCACAAAAACAUGACACGUCUUACAAGACUUGAAGCGCGAUGUUACAGCUACCCGACGCUCUGGCAUGCCUUGGGUAAUGGAGGGCUUGCGCUUGGCGAUGCGCUUCCGAUUGGUUCGCUUCGCACAACCCGCGAGUUAUGACGAAGUCACGGACCUGGUCGAUUGUUGACUUUACCAACAAUGUAUACCCGCUUGACUCGGUGCGAUUGUCAUCAGUCCUCGUAGUUGCCU